AUGUGGAUUUUUGUAAAAGUACUAGAAGAUAAAACCAUUACCCUUGAGGUCGAGAAAAUCGAUAAUAUCAAAAAUGUCAAGACUAAAAUUGAAGAAAAAGAAGGACUUCCGGUUAAUUUUCAACGAUUGAUUUUUAAUGGAAAGCAGCUCGAAGAUAAAUAUAAAAUUGAUGAUUAUGAUAUUAAAAAAGAUUCCACUUUGCAUUUGGUAGCGAGUUUACCAGGUGGAGCAAAGAAACGUAAGAAGAAGACUUAUACAACACCCAAGAAAAUUAAGCAUAAGAGAAAGAAGGUAAAAUUGGCAGUUCUCAAGUAUUACAAAGUUGACGAGAAUGGUAAAAUUACGCGGCUUCGUAGAGAAUGUCCCAACGCUUCUUGUGGUGCUGGUAUUUUCAUGUCAUAUCAUUAUGACCGUCAAUAUUGUGGAAAGUGUGGACUUACGUACGUCUUUAAGAAAGAUGAUGUUGAGGCUUAA